UCGCUUUUUGGCUACGACUUGUUGAUAAAUCUUCGUAAGUAACUCUAGAGGGGUUUACGUGAUGCCUUGUGGACUGAGUCAUUUGGUUGUGCUUGUGCACCAGAUAGGCUGCGGAAUGAGGCAGGAAGCAAUGGCCUUUUCUGUUGAUUAUUUCUUCGUUGGAGGCAACUGGAAAUGUAAUGGCACAAGAGAAUCGGUGAAAAAGCUGGUCGCUGAUUUGAAUGCUGCCUCGAUCGCCGAUGAUGUUGAUGUCGUUGUUGCACCACCGUUUGUCUACAUUGACCAAGUUUUGGGCUCGAUAACCGACCGCAUCGAGGUUGCAGCGCAAAAUUGUUGGGUUGGGAAAGGCGGCGCUUUUACUGGGGAGGUCAGUGCUGAAAUGUUGAAGGACAUUGGGCUUAACUGGGUGAUCCUUGGCCACUCAGAGAGAAGACAAUUGAUUGGUGAAGCCAACGAGUUCGUUGGGAUGAAAGAGGCAUAUGCUCUGAACAAUGGCUUGAAGGUGAUUGGUUGCAUUGGUGAGACUUUGGAACAACGGGAGGCAGGGAAGACGAUUGAAGUUGUCGCUCAGCAGUUGGAAGCAAUGCGGGGUUCUGUGAAUGCCAAGAAUUGCGAGGACCUUGCACGCCAGGAGGAUAUUGAUGGAUUUUUGGUCGGAGGAGCUUCACUGAUUGGCCCUGAUUUUGCCACCAUUGUGAACUCUGUCAAUGCGAAGAAGGUGGCGGCUUAAGGACCGAGUUUUGCAGACUUAGUGAGAUGAGCAGAUUAGUUCCCUCCCAACGAUGCAGAUGCUGCAGCUGGACAGCCUUCUUGUCUCCAUCUCACCCACCACCUGGCUGGGCCGCAGCUUGUACGAAGCAUCCUCCUCUCGACACCCCAUUCCCCCCUAAUCGUCUUGUCAUACCCGCGGCCCACAUCUGGUUCUGGACGCCACAAGUACAAAGUUCGAACGCCUGUGGCAGUUUCCACCGUUCUUUCUGUUUGCUGGUCUCAGUAGCAGCCUGCUAUUGCUAUUUCGAGGUGGGUUGUUUGAUCGACUUCGAUCGAUCGGCCAUUCGUUUGAGUGUGGUGUGGCUUGGCUGGUUUGUCUUUUGCCCUGCAAUCGAUGCGGUGCUUGCAGAUGUGGGGUGCUGAUGAAUGCUGUCGCCACUGUGUCUGUUAGAGAUAUAGCUUUCUUCUUUUUGCUUCAUGGAAGCAGGCUGAGGAUGUGCUGUGUCGCUGCCGAUAGAGAAAAUGUUAUUGGGGAGGUUUGUAAGAAAAGAAGAAGAUGUUUAGCUCGUGAAUUCUUGGGGGAGGCGGUGUCUGCUCUUAUCAGCACCAUUAGCACUGGUGGCAUGAAUUGUCACAUUCAAUGAGGGGGUUGUUAGUACCUAUGUGUAUUUCGGAGACUGUAUGAAUUGAUUUGAUUUAAUUGGCGACUUCCCCCCUUUGUGCCAAUGCGAUGCGAUGUGAGGUGGUGAAGAAUAUCAUGUGCAGUGACGGACUUGUUUAUGUACAUAUAUGAAAUAUGGAAUUCUAUUUCAUCGCUUGUCCUUUUCUGCAACUGAAAUGUUGUAGGGUGAUUUGUAACAUGCUGAUGCUGGUAUGUCUAUCGGACUCUCGAUGAGUGGACAGCAUGGCCUCAACUUCCAUGCAGCCGCUGUUGUGACUGGCUCAAAGGGCCAUUUUGGUAAAAAGGUCAUGGUCAUGAAAUUAGGUCCAUAUAAGAAGACUGCAAAAUCUCCGUAAUACUCACCUCAGA